GGGGGAGGGGGGAGGGGGGGGGAAGGAGGGGGAGGGGAAAGAGGAAAAAAGGGGAAAGGGGGGGGGGAGGGAAGGAAGGAGGGGGAAAGAAAGGGGACGAAGAAAAAAGGAAAGGAAAGAGGGAAAAGGGGGAAGGGGAAAAAGGGAGGGAAAGGGGGGGGAAGGGGGGAGAGAAGAAAGGGAAAGGAAGAAAAGGAAAAA